AGGAAUUAGUAGCCACAAGCGAAAAGGAUCAGUGUGGUUUAGCAAUGGUUGGAUAUGCAAUCUCGUCGUUUCCAACUCUCUCAUGUAACCGUUUCGUCGUUUGCAAUGCAGCAUCGUUUACAUGCAAGGCGCAAGCUACGAAAUCUGUAACGGCGUUUCCGACACCAGGGCGAAGGGAGUUACUGUUUCUUCUCUCAGCGUCUACGGCGUUGACGGCGAAAGAAUCGGUGUCUUUGGCGCAGGAUAUUCCUCUGUUUGGUAUACGGAAGAGUCUGAAGAAAGCGGAGGAAAAGGCUGAGGAGAUUGUGAAGGAAGGAUUUGAAAGUGCGGAAAAAGGACUGGAGAAAGCGGAGCGGGGACUUGAGACGGCGGAACAAGGACUGGAGGCGGCUGAGAAGGGAAUAGAGACGGCAGUGAGUUUUGGGGGAUUGGCGCAAGCGGGUGUGGUGGCGGGAGCAGAGGUUUUCGGUGUUUUGGUUGCUUCAGCGGUGGUUAACGGUAUUUUGGGGCCUGAACCUCAAAAGUCAUGACUUGUGUGACAUUAUAGACUUGUUCAUGAAUAUUACUAUUAUUAAAAUUCAAUUCAAUUUUGUAUGUUUGUAUGAAAAUUGAUCAUGUAAUAACUCUGUAAUUGUAAGAAUGUGUCCGCAUUUUGUUUU